AUGACUCUCGCAAGUCUAGCAUCAAGCACCAGGGCAGCCCGAUGUCCCAGGAUGCUCUCCGCUACGAACACCCACCACGCCAUCCGCACCCCUACUACCGCACACCUCCAACAACACCGCACGAUAUGGCAAAGCCACCGACACUCUCGCGGAACCUACAACGGCAUCAACUGGGUCCGAACAGAGAGAAAGAUCCGUCGACGAGUCACAGACCCAAACCCAAAACCUCCUCAUUAUCAAAACCAGACACCGCUAGAGAAUUCAGAUCCGUGGCGGAGCUGGAGCCUGGGAUCGCGGUCCGGAUGGGCUGGAUUCGAUAAAAUCGGGACAAAAGACUUCUUUGAAGCGGAGAGACUACGAGCGCGGCAGCGGAUGGAGGAGGUGAAAGGAGAAAUUGAGAGGGAUCCGUAUGGGGUGUUGUUUGGGAGGUAUGGGUCUUAUUCGAGCGCGAUGGGGAUGGGGAUGGGGCUAUGGGGUAAGCGGGAGAAUACGUUUACGGACCUGUGUCGGUCGUUAUUUGGAUUUGAGAAAAGCGAUGGGGAUACAAAGAAUGUGAACGCGAAGGUGAAGGAUGCGGAUACCACGGCGCGUGUUAAGUCGGAGGGGAGCGAGUCGAAUGCGGGCGGUGCGCGGGCAAAAGAUGCGCCAACGGCAAAAGAUAAUGUGGCACCAGUGUUUGAGGCUUCGCAGCCGCAGGGCUUCGUGGAAACCAAAGGAAGUGGUCUCAAGUUUGACCCGAUUAGUGGCCGUAUGGUUCCGAAGCCUGCCGCAUCAGCUACGACGGGUGAAUCCGGCGCAUCAUCUAGGGGCGGCACAUUAAACGUUCCGGGCAGCGAGUCGAAUUUGGAAGAUGAUCGUCUUGGAUUUUCAUCUCCUACCAAGAGCUCUAGCGAGGCUACGGCCGUGACAUCCGAUCCAGACAUUGACGGCGUGCAGCACAAAGAACCAGAACAACGUGCAGGUGAAGUAGCACGACCUGAGGACCAUGGUGUUAAUUAUGACCACACACUUUGGCCAUCGCAUGAAGCGCCAUCCACCGCAAAGAGCACUGCCAUUGAUGAAGCGCCGACUGGAAUUACGUCUGCUGUGGCUGAUCCCAAGAAUGAAGACGUAUCCCUACAACACCCAGGCGCCGAAAAUUCCAGUCUGGCUGAUACCCAGCAGCCAAAGAGUCUCAAUCUUGAUGCGCAGCCGAAUGGAGGUCGAAAAAUGAAGGGCUUCUUCUACGUGGACAAAAAAGAGCCAGAGAAGCUCAAGAUUCAGGAUUCGCCACAGCAAUCAGAGCCUUUCCUCGUCCCCGAAAACGAAGAGCUGGAUCUGCUGCGUGCAAGCGAUAUCCGCGCCUCUUACCCCUCAAAAGAGUUGGAUAUCAAAUCCGAUGCCCAGAGUAAGAAGGUUGACGGCACUUUGGAGGAAAUUACUCCGGCAGAUGAGAAUUCGGUCACUGAAUUAAAGCCUGAGUCUCAAGAUGCUUUGGGCUCUGUUGAUGAGAGAAGCACAAAAGCAGCAAACUAUACCGAGACGCAGUCUUCAUUACAGGAAACAGAAGCCCCUCAGUCCACUCAACCGCAAGUACAAGAUGAACCUCAGGACCCCACAAAGAUCAUUGACCACAUUCCCGAAACACACUCUCCUAUUAAAUCUGCAUCUCCAGCGACGUACCGUGUGCUCGCGUACGAUCCAUUUACUAUGCAGGUUACUACGGCGGACACGGACAGUUCGCUCGCUCCUUCAGAUGAGAUCCUCCGUCCCAGCGAUGUCCUUCCCCGGUUGAGCAAUCCGGCGAAGUUCCUGCCUUACUUUGAGGAAAUGCGGAAGGAAGGAUUUGAGAUUGUGUCUGGUGGUGGUGAUAUUCUCGUAUUCAAGAAGUUCCCCGAUUCUGAAAAGAAACCAUCAGACAAGCCAUCUCUCGAAGCCAAGGAAUAUGAAGACAUAGACAUGAACCCAGUUGACAAAUAUCUCGUUGAAAAGAAUGCGUUAUUAUGGCCCCCCAAAUCAGAGACGGAAACCUCCAAAACAGAGACGGAAACUCCACGAAGGCAGCGCUCCGCAUUCAACAACGCUAUCCGCCGGAUGCUCUUCACUGGCACUGCAGCCGCGGGAACAUGCUAUGCCUUUGGUGUUGUCACGGAGUACUUCCGUACCGGUGGUUCUGAUGGACGUGGUGUUGAUGCGUUUACGGUGUUUGAGUCUGAGAGACGGCGUAGGGAUUAG